UUUUUGGGGUCUGGGAACUCUCCCCAAAUGACCCUGACUGAGCCCAUUGAUUCUGCAUUUUAUGGUAUCAUUCACUACGUAACUUUAGGCUGCCACAGACGCCAAAGUCCCUGCUACCCAACUGGCUCUUCAGAAUUUAGACAUGACCUACAGUGUGCAGUUUGGGGAUCUCUGGCCUUCGAUUCGGGUCAGUCUUCUCUCAGAGCAGAAGUAUGGUGCGCUGGUCAAUAACUUUGCUGCUUGGGAUCAUGCGAUUGCUGAGCUGGAGCAGCUAAGUGCCAGGGACUUUGUGAAUGAAGCCUUCUCCCACUGGCAACUGGAGCCUGAGAGUGGUCCACCUGCAGCCCCAGCCUUCUGGACCUACAGUCCGAACAUUCGCUGCUUCACUUUUGCCAGGGGGGAUGCCAGCCGCUUUCCUUGUGCCAGGCUUGGUAGCAUGGGGGUCCUGGACUACUACCUGAUGGAUGCUGCCUCCUUGCUGCCAGUCCUGGCCCUUGGCCUGCAGCCUGGGGACACCGUGCUUGACCUGUGUGCGGCCCCUGGGGGAAAGACAUUAGCCAUGCUUCAGACUGGCUGUUGCCGGAAUCUUGCUGCCAAUGAUAUCUCCAGUUCCCGAACAAGCAGGCUACAGAAGGUCCUGCACAGCUAUGUGCCCCAAGAUAUCAGGGAUGGGAAUCGAAUUCGAGUUACUUCAUGGGACGGCAGAAAGUGGGGAGAACUGGAGGGGGAUACCUAUGACCGGGUGCUGGUGGAUGUGCCCUGUACCACAGACCGCCACUCCCUUCACGAGGAGGAGAACAACAUCUUCCAACGGUCAAGGAAGAAGGAGCGGCAGAUGUUGCCUCUGCUGCAGGUGCAGCUUCUUGCGGCUGGACUUCUUGCUACCAAACCAGGAGGCUACGCCGUCUAUUCCACCUGUUCACUCUCACAUUUACAGAACGAAUAUGUAGUGCAAGGCACCAUUGAGCUCCUGGCCAAUCAAUACAGCAUUGAGGUUCAGAUUGAAGACCUGACUCACUUCCGCAAGCUCUUCACAGACACGUUCUUUUUCUUCCCCUCCUGCCAGGUGGGGGAGCUAGUAAUCCCAAACCUCGUGGCCAAUUUUGGACCUAUGUACUUUUGCAAAUUGCAGAGGCUAACAUAGCAUCAGCCUGUUUCUAAGACCCUGGUAUAGGAAGACAAAAGGUAUUCUCUGCUGGAGGGCACCAGAACCAGGGGCGCAGAUGCACUUUGGGGCCUGCCUCCAUCCUGUCCGAGGCUUUCUACAGACAAUUUUCAGCAGAGGAACAAGAGUGUUUCUGCCCUGCUUUCUAGUUGUGGACCAUCAGCAAGUUUCUAACCUACUCAUUGUCUACCCACCACCUAUCUCCAAGUCAAUGCUAAAGGUUCCUGCCCCAUCAGGAGCUUAGGAGGAGGAGCCGAUAAGCCUGCCCACACAGGAAGCUGGAAGCUGGGAAGCAACAUUUAGUCAGUAAAAUUGUUGCAGCUCCAUAGAUCUAUAUGAGGUUAGAGACCUCCUGUCAGUCCAAGAACUGUUGGUUUCAUUUGUACCAGCAACUCCUGCCUUUGAGUUCUAACUCAGCAUUGCUUAGGGAUUAACUGCCCAAAGCUCAGACCUCAGAACCAGAGCCUCCUUCACACUUGAUGUGUUCCACCUGAUCGCUCUUGAAUAGCCUACCAGCCCAAAUAAAUCUGCCUAAUUUCUCCACAUGGCUGUGAUGUAAUUGAAGGAACAAGCAACUAAAAAUGUUAAACCAUUGUAUAAUUGCUUUCUUACCCACACGGAGAAAGCUCUCCUGAGGUGAAUGAUUCCAGCAGUUCUUCAUGCUGUCCCUACCAUUGCUGCUCACAUGUGACCAGGGAAGCUCCACCUGCCACUGGACUGCCUGCCCCUUUGUGAGUUUCUCCCUCCGUUAAUCCACCUGGCAAGUGCUUUUUGCACUCCCGCUGUGGGGCAAGUCACUACUAGGAUACAGUAAUUGUAGGAGCCUGUAGGAGAUAACCAGGCUUCCUCAUUCGUCCGAUGGCAAGUCUCACCUGCCUGCUUCCUGAACACUGGAAUCUCUUGGUGACCUUGGGUUGGUUUUAUUACAUAUAAAAACAUAUACAUGCAUUUUGCUUCCUGGUUUGUGACUGAAGACUGAACUAUCCAGUUCUUUGGCUCCCCUCAAAUCAACUUCGAGCUUUUACCUCAGCAUCAUGGGGCCUCAUCUUACAGUUUGUGCUCGGGGACAAAAUUACAUCAUUUAUCGACUGUUGUUUUUGUAAUUCUAGCCAAAGGAAAGUAAUGCUUUAGUGGCAGGGAUAUUAAAAAAAUAUGGUCACUA